AUGAAAACAAACGAUCAUGGACUUCUCCUCUUGAGCUUAUUUUCCAUCUUUUCUCUUCUUCACUUCCCAUACUUAGCCAUAUCCGAGACGCCGUGUCCGUAUGUUAUCCACCGCCAAUCGGUGGUGGCUCCUCCAUGCCGUCCACGUACGACUCAACCACCACCAUAUCCUCCUCCAGCCGUUAACUACCCUUCUCCGGCUGGAAAUAUACCAAACUACUUUUCUCCACCGUACAACGUCGGAGGCCGUAGUGACAGUGGCUUAUACGGUCCUCCACCGCCGGACGCUAUAUAUAUUGCUGUUUCGGAAAAAAUUAACCAGGUUCGCAAGUACACAGAUUUACGGAAUGAUAGAGAGAAGUAG